ACAAGCACCGUGUCGUGGUUAUCUUCUUCGACCCUGAAAACCAGUUAUAUAGCAUCCUUCCAUCUGCUUCCUUCUCUCUGUGUCUCAUCCCGAUCUAAGAUUCAGCUACAUAGAUUUUGGAUUUACUGAUUUGAGCUUGGAUUUAAGCAAUGGCGAAUCUUGAUGGAAAAGCUUCCUCUUAUUCUUCCCUCUCUAAUUUGGAGAAGAAAAACAUCAAGUACCACCUUGAUGAUGAUCAUAACGAUGUACCAGAAUGGUCCGUUCGGGCAAUCUCUACAAAGGAACAAUCUGUCUAUCCGAUCAUUGACUCGGAAGAUUACGUAGAUGGCGAUUAUGAUUCAGCUGAUGAGGUUUUGACCCCCAGUCCAAGAAGCGUGACUCCUGAAGUGAACUUGAAAAAUGUGUUAACAGGUUUGAUAGCUAUUGUAACCGGGGGGAACAAAGGCCAAUCUGUCUUGUUGGAUCGGAAUAGUAGCCCCUCGUCAAAUGUAUCUUUUCUUGAUUAUAGCAAGAAUGGAGAGAUUUAUGUGCACCCAUCUGUUUACAUUCCAAGUGCUCCACCUCUUCUCGAACAGAGCGUGAUUGACUAUAAUGUUCACAAGGAAUUGCUUGAAGCUGAGCCUCCCGAGUGGUUACCCGACAGUUCAACUACUACUUGCAUGCAGUGCUCUGCUCCUUUUACAGCGCUUACCCGUGGCAGACAUCAUUGUCGGUUCUGUGGAGGGAUUUUUUGUAGAAACUGUUCAAAAGGAAGGUGCUUAAUGCCGAGUAGAUUUCGGGAGAGAAAUCCUCAGAGGGUCUGUGAUGCGUGCUAUGAGAGGCUUGAUUGUUUGCAAGGGUUUCUCAUCGCCUCCAUUAGUAAUGCUGCGCAAGUAGCAAAGCACGAUGUCGUGGACUGGACAUGUACAAGAGGAUGGCUGAACCUUCCAGUUGGUCUAUCCAUGGAAGAUGAGAUAUAUAAGGCAUCUAAUACAUUGAGAAGUUAUUGCCAGGUCGCAAGCUUAAACCCCGAGAAACCUAUACCCUAUGCAGUUCUUAGUCGAGCUAAAGGCUUGGCAAUUUUAACAGUCGCUAAAGUUGGGGCUUUGGUGUCAUACAAACUCGGGACUGGGCUCGUCAUCUCGCGAAGGUCAGAUGGGUCAUGGUCUGCUCCAUCUGCGAUACUUUCAGUUGGGUUAGGAUGCGGUGCUCAGAUUGGAGGUGAAUUGAUGGACUUCAUUAUUGUGCUUCACGAUCUGAAAGCGAUAAAGACCUUCUGCAGCCGAUUGCACUUCUCUCUCGGCGCUGGCUGCAGUGCUGCAGCCGGUCCCAUCGGGAGAGUCUUGGAAGCUGACCUCCGUGCUGGUGACAGAGGCUCGGGAAUAUGCUACACUUACAGCCGUAGCAAAGGUGCAUUUGUGGGAGUAUCAUUAGAAGGGAACAUUGUCGCAACAAGAAGGGACACGAACGUGAAGUUCUAUGGCGAUCCGUACCUGAAAACAACAGACAUUCUACUCGGAAUGAUGGACCGACCCAGGGCGGCCGAACCAUUGUACGCUGCUCUGGAUGACCUCUAUGCAAGCUUAUGCCCUUAGUUUCACCUCCAUUGGUUUGUGCAAUGUACUUAUAUUCCUUCCUUUUCCCCCCCUCAAAGUCUCAAAUUCAUUUGUAAAUAUCCAUUAUGGCUACUGCUUCAUGGUUUA